CCGCAGAGUGGACAUGUACACUGAUCAUCAGGGCACUGAUGAUCAGUGUGCCCUGAUGAUCAGUGUAGCCCCAGCAGUGCCACCUGUCAGUGCUCAUCAGUGCCUUGUGCCAGUGCCCAUCAGUGCCACAUCAAUGCCACAUAUCAGUGCCUACCAGUGCACAUCAAUGCCACAUAUCAGUGCCCAUCUGAACUGCCUUUCAGUGUCACCCAUCAGUGCCAGUCAGUGCCACCUAUCAAUGCCAAGCAGUGCCACCUAUCAGUGCUGCCAAUCAGUGCCGCCUAUCAGUGCCAGUCAGUGCCACCUAACAGUGCCAUCAGUGCAACCUAUCAGUGCCAGUCAGUGCCGCCUAUCAGUGCCAUGUAUUAGUGCUGCCUUUCAGUGCCCAUCAGUGAUGCCUGUCAAUGCCCAUCAGUGCCACCUAUCAGUGCCUCCACAUCAGUGCCCAUCAGUACCACCUACCAUUGUCCAUCAGUGCAGCCUCAGUGUCCAUCACUGCAGCCUCAUUAGCGCACAUCAGUGAAGGAGAAAAAUCACUUAUUUACAAAAUUUUAUAA